AAAGUAAGGGUUCUCUGUUGAUUUGCUAUCGGCUGGGACACGCGGGGCAUUUGAGCGACUUGGGUUCUCCGCAGAAUAAGCGAUUUAAGGUGCUAUUUUCUCCGGAGACACGCUGUUUUCAGCUGCUUGUGAACUGGUAUCUUUUUUGCUCGGAAGUUGCCGGAGGCCAUCCUAACCCCGUUGUCGCAUCUCCUUCGGAGGUCACCAGCUGAAUUGAAACGGAACAUUUUCUGUAGGGUUUUGAAGACUCUACGAUUUUGUAUGUGACGACGCCAUUAUCAACUCCCUCAAGGUUAGAGCGCGUUUUGCUUCUAUCCAUCGUCUCAUGAUUUUCUGGGUACGACGCUGCUGCGGUCGUCAUGUGCGGCAGCUUCUAUAGGAACACCGUUGCUCCGUUUUUUUGCGAAUUCAUGUUGUUUCAGUGCAACAUUUAUGCAGCGAAUCCGUUCAUUUUUUACUAAACCGGAUCGUGGACGCUCAAGAAGGUGGCGAGAAGUUCGAUCUGUCGGGGGUUUAUGUGCAAGCAGUGCGGAUGCGUCUACGCGCGUGUGCCCACCGUUACGAAGGAAAGAAAGCUGGUCUUUGCUUCACCUCAUUCGUUCCAAUAUUCUCUGGUCUUCACCGAUAGACUGCAUCUCGUGGAUUUCUUCGUCUGUGCAGGCUACCGAACAAUGACGUCCGGGGAGGAGGAAGAUUUCUAUUUGCGUUACUAUGUCGGCCAUAAGGGGAAGUUCGGCCAUGAAUUUCUCGAGUUCGAGUUCAGACCCGAGGGUCGGCUUCGAUAUGCGAACAACUCGAACUACAAAAACGACACAAUGAUCCGUAAAGAAGCUUAUGUCAGCCAGGCGGUGAUGAAGGAGCUUCGACGAAUUGUUGAGGAGUCAGAGAUUAUAAAGGAAGAUGACAACAACUGGCCGGCCCCAGAUCGCGUGGGUCGUCAGGAACUUGAAAUCGUCCUGGGCAAAGACCACAUCUCCUUCACAACAUCCAAGAUCGGUUCCAUGGCUGACGUGCAGCGGAGCAAAGACCAGGACGGUCUUCGCGUCUUCUACUACCUGGUCCAGGAUCUCAAGUGCUUUAUUUUCUCUCUGAUCGGUCUGCACUUCCGAAUCAAGCCUGUCUAAUCGUCGUUCAAGUCAGCGGCCUCUCCUCUUUUCCAGGCGGUUCUUCGAAGGACGGCCUUACAGGACAGAAAGGCGGAUACCUCUACAUCCCGUGUUUGCUCUGUGACUUAAAGUCUUCCUUCUUACUGAGGGAUGUUUUCUGCUCUUGGUGGCGGAUACCAGGUCCCAAUUUUUGGAGGUCCUCCAUUUCUUGCAGAUGACGUGUGUCUUGUCCUGGACUGUCCAUUGACGUCGUUGAACUAUCCUUUUCAAAAUCUCAGAGUACCCGAAAAACUUCCACAAUGCUUGUGUCCGUCUCACUUCUAAAACCCUGUUCUGUUUGCCAUUCCUGCAAAAACUGCUUUUGCGUCAGCCCCUAGACAGUCCAGUCUCCCGCCGCACCUUCGAUACUCGGUACCGGCACACAUAUCCGCUGAUAGGAUCGGGAAAGGUGGUGAAGAAUUCGUC